AUUUGGCUGCAGAUAAUUGUUUGCCAUGAAGUCUGCAGGAAUGAAAGCUCAUUGAAGCACAAAGGAUGAGUUUGACCACAGGCUGAGAGGAAUGCAGCAUGAGGCAAGCGGUGGCUCUUUGGCUGUUGAUACUUGCGACUCUGCUCCCAGGGUCAGAGCAGGGUCCACACCAGCGUUUUCUUCUCAAGGAGCUGCUGAGGGACUACAACCCCAUGGAGAGACCAGUGGCCAACGACUCCCAGGCCCUAACUGUCCACUUCUCCUUCACUCUGAUACAGGUCAUGGACGUGGAUGAGAAGAAUCAGAUCCUCACCACAAACGCCUGGCUGCAGAUGCAGUGGUAUGACCACUAUCUCCAGUGGAACCAGUCAGAGUAUCCCGGCGUCAAGAACCUUCGUUUUACCCCUGACCAGGUGUGGACCCCUGACAUAUUGCUCUACAACAGCGCUCACGAUAAAUUUGACGCUACGUUUAAGACCAACGUGCUGGUUAACUCCAGCGGCUUCUGUGAGUAUCUGCCUCCAGGGAUAUUCGUCAGCACAUGCAAUGUAGAUGUGAAAUGGUUCCCGUUUGACAUCCAGCGCUGUGAGCUGAAGUUCGGCUCGUGGACCUUUGAUGGCUGGCUGCUGGACAUCCAGAUGAAGGAGGCAGACGUGUCGGGGUACAUGUCCAACGGAGAGUGGGACCUUAUGGAGGUCCCGGGAGGUCGUAAUGAGGUUUUCUACGACUGCUGUGCCGAGCCGUACCCAGAUGUUACGUUCGUGGUAACACUUCGAAGGAGAACUCUGUUCUACGCGCUCAACCUGCUCGUCCCAUGUGUGCUCCUCUCCUCCAUGACCCUGCUGGUCUUCCUGCUCCCGGCCAACUCGGGCGAGAAGAUCAGCCUCGGCAUCACGGUUCUGCUUUCUCUAACUGUCUUCAUGCUGAUGGUUGCAGAGAUUAUGCCCGCCACUUCCGAUUCAGUACCACUGAUUGGUCAGUACUUUGCCAGCACCAUGGUGAUUGUUGGGAUGUCGGUGGUAGCCACAGUCAUCGUCCUCCAGUUCCACCACCACAGUCUAAACAGCGGACAAAUGCCGCGCUGGGUGCAUUUGGUUCUGCUGCAGUGGGUCCCUUGGUUUCUGCGCAUGAAGCGACCGGGAGAGGGAGCAGAACCCACUCUUGCCAGGAGCCAAGCAGACUCUCACAGCAAGACCCUGUCCUCUCCGACCACCACCACCACCACCAUCCCUGCUCCUUCCAUCCUGCCGCAGAGUCUCGGCUCCCUGCAGGCCACCUUGGCGCAGCUCAGCCACCCUCUGUCCCACCAACUUCCUCACCGCCCAAACUCCCAGGCUAAUAUGCAGCCUCAUCCCAGCUCCAACCCAGCGCCUCAGCCCAAUGGUCAUCUGCCUUACAUGGGCUUUCAGACCUUCCAGACCACUGCUGAACUGGAACCUGUUCAGAGGUGCCGAACUACCAGUCAUGGGAGGGCUAACAGAGCACCAGGUGGGGGAGAAGGCGAUGAAGGGGCUGCAUUGCGAGGAACAGUUGGAGAUAUACCAGUACAUCAACAUCUCCAUUCUUCAAAGAUUGGGAGCCCCCAGCUGGAAACUCUAGUAUCUCCAGACCCUGAGCCAGCAGGUACAGCCACUGGACCCUGUAGCUUAGAGCCUGGAGACGGGAGAUCAGCCGCCCUGCAGAGCCACAGUGGGAUGAUCCGGUCUGCCGCUGUGGACAACCAGCUACAGGCUCUUCUGACAGAAGUGCAGUUCUUAGUGGAACGCGUUCGCGAGCAGGACCGUCAGCUGAACCUAGCUGAGCAGUGGCAGUUUGCUGCCGCCGUCAUCGACCGCCUAUGCCUGGUCGGAUUCAGUGUUUUCAACAUCAUCUGCACCAUUGCUAUCCUCAUGGCUGCACCUAACUUUGGAAUAGCUCUGUCAAAAGACUUCCUCUGAAAGGGUAAAGAAGCAAGACUGAGAAAGAGCGGUGGGAUGAGACAAGGAUGGAAGCACAAUUUUGAUUUCUAAAGCGAGGAAGGACUGUUGACAGAAACUUGACAGUUAAUUUUCUUAUGGAACAUAUUAAAACCUUCCUAUCUUACACUAGGCUGAAAAGAAGUCGAAGAAUAAAUUACUUUUAAAGAGGAGAACUCUGAACAGAACUCACGUGAAAAUGAUACAAUCUGACUUAAACCUAAAUUUGUAAAGUGUUGCAUUUGUAAGAUGAUGCCCAGUUGAAAGCAGAACAGGGUUACAUUUAUUCUUGUGUAUCUGCAUUUGAACUAUUAACUGUGAAAUGAUGAAAUCAUGCAGCUUGUUUACCGAUAUUUCCACGGGGGCUUUGCUUUUUUUUUUUUUUUUGAAGGUUUUGGUUCAAUCUCCAUGUCAAAGCAUGCCAACAGCAGCAGCUCUCACACCUCUUACUCACACUAACUAGCUAAACACACCAAUAAUACUACAUUCCCUCAUGAACAACAGAGCUUUGUCCCAUUAGGGUGGAAAACGUCAGUCAAAGUGCAGAGACUGUGUAACGUCUCAAUGCAUCUGGGACGAUGAAUGAAUGAACAUCCCCAGUGCCUUGAUGACUCUUCAGAUAACGAUUCAUGGGACAGCACGAAAAUAAUUGUUGGAAAAAACUUCUUUCUCAGCAAAGUAAGAGGAGCUGGUGCCCAUCUGCUGAAACCAAUCAUAGAGUUGUCCAAGAGCCAGAGGCCACUUACAGAUUGUUUCCGAAAGUCCUGGAAUUAUGUUGAUACAGCUUUACUAUGAAGUAAAGUCCUUAAAGAGCAAUGGUCUCUUUGCUCGCUCACGACAAAAAAACAAACAAAAAAAAAAAAAACAAAACUGAUUUACUGAAAAAAGCAUGUUGGGGGCUUGCUGAAAUGUGUUUUAAAUUUACCAAAAAGGCCUUUUUUUCGGUCAUGAAAACCUUCAUGACGUCUCUUGUAGGUAGAAACUAGUUGCAUGCAUUGUUCUGAUGUGUUUUUGACCCAGUCUUCCUCAUAAACUCUCUUAAAAUCUUGAAGGUUCUGGGGACCUCUUCUAUGCACUCUGAUUUUCAGUUGGUCAAGUUAUUGACUGAGCCAUUCUAACAGCUUUAUUAAGUUUCUCUGAAACCAUUUGAUGGUUUUCUUGGCUGUGGGUUCUGGUUCAUUGCCUUGAUGAAACGUCCACCCUCGUUUCAUGUUAUAUCACUUUCUUAAAAUCUCUAGAUUUCUCAAUUUAUCCUUCCUGCAGUUAUGCAUCUUUCAGUAGCAUAUGCGUAGUAAAAAACAGACCCACACAAAAAUCUCCCCAUCUCAAAACUUAACUGUCUGAAUGGUGUUUUGGCGCUGAUAUGCCAUUCUUCCUUUAAAUUUGGUGUUUUAAACUUUGGUUUUAUCUGACUAGACUAUAAUCUCCUAGUGUUUCAUUGGCUUGUCCAAAUGCUGAACUAGCUUCAGCAUGCUUUUCGUUCAGCAGUGCAGUCUUGUGCUAUGACCAUGAACAGAGGGCUUUGCAGUUGAGUGUAUUACUUGUUGUUUUCAUGGAGAAACAAUAAUUCCAGGUCUUUCUGAAGUUUUCUGGGAGUGUGUUUCGAUUGUCUGGCAGCACUUCUGAAUAUUUUAAUGGCUCAGUGAGAAAGUUUGGAAUAAAGCACCUGGCAAAUGGUGAAAAUAACUUGUUUUCACUCCUGGAUUACGGCUGUAACUGUGCUCACUGGGACAUUCGGAUGUUUAGAAAUACGUUUCUAAUGAUUGCUAUUCGUCUGUUUAGCAACAAUAAGGUUGCGAAAGGGUUAAGAGAGUUCUUUGCUCAUGCCCGUCAUAGCAUGCUUUUUGUGCAAAAGGUUGGCAAUGAUGGCCUAAUUAAGACUAAAGAAGUCCACAUAAAGCAAUACUGAGAGGAGGCAGGAUUGAUUUCUAGAUACUGAUGGCAUUUAGUGACCAGACCUGGCUUUCUAUGGCAUUUUGAAAGUUUCUUCAUGUUUUUAACACCCAUUUGUUUUUCUAUGUCCUUGUAUGUGUAGAUAAUGCUGGUUAUUAACAACAUACGGUGGGAAUUUCGUGUCAUUAGGCCCAUUGGCAAUAUAUUUGAAAACUGUGAUAUUUUCAAUCCUCCCAGUGAAAAGAAUUAUAAAUAUUUGAUCCACAGGUACAUUUAUCAAUAGUUUAUGAGGUUAUCACAGCAUUUCAACCAAACUAUUGCUGUCUGAGUGCCAAGAGAGUGGGGUUUGGAUGUGCUCUGCCAGAAAAAAACUUGUCUUGAACUCUUUUUUUUGCAACAUUUUACAUAAAUAUGUGGGUACAAACAGCCAUGGGCAAACAUAAGCUCAGACAUCUCUUCAUAGGUUCAGCUUCUGCCAUCGUCAACAAAGUGAGAAUGAGACCUCUGUCAACACUCUAGAUUACUGCUCAAAGUGGGUCCAAUAAGGGCUCUGAAGUGCUGAUGAAAUAAUCACAGUGGAUCAUAUUUGAUUAAGACCCUGUGAUCUGGUCUUGAUUUAAUGAAAUGUGUUUAUUUUUCGAACGUUUUUGGUCAAAUUGAGUUUACAGGUUAAUUUGCUUUGGAGUGUACAUGUCAUGUUUUACCAAAUGACUUUUUGUUUAAAAAAAGACAAAAGAUAAAAUAAAACUGCAUACAAUGCCACGUUGAUUCAAUCGUUGCAA